AGUAUUUUCUUUUGCCUCCUCUUUCUGGCCAGAUCGAUUCGUAAUAAACAAGACAUAAGAGGCCAUUACACCUUGUUGUAGUGACCAUUGUCGGGUUUUUCUCUCGGUACCCGAAAGACUUCACGAGAGAGGGUCCACCCCCUCGUUGCAAUUGGCACCAAGUAUAUCCCAAAUAUUAUGUUAUUUAUUUAUAUAGCUGUACGACUAGCUAUUUAUUGUUUAUCGUACCCAUUUACCCUUUGCCGAAUCAACUGCAAGGUUGGCUUCUCGGUGCUGAAAACAGGUCUGAAUAGGGGAAGAAACCUUGGAGGUUACGGAAAGGUCAUGCAGGAACACUACAGUCUCCUAAUGGCUGGUCCUUGACUGGAAACACCAGCUCUACAAUUAAAACCAACACCCCACCACUUCAUACUCAAAUACUCCUCUGUUUUUGAAAGCCAUGGCUAGCAAGAGGAAAUCCACUAUCCCAUGUAUGAUCCCGGUGAAGACCAUGCACACACAGGAUGACAGGGAACAGGAGGAGGGCCUGCCAGACUGUGCGUCUUCUCGUCCUGUUAUCUUCCAUGCUGGAGAGGACUCCUGUGGACAAGGCUCUCAGGAGCCCAGUGAAGCCGCCAGCUCUGACAAGGGCAAUACACAACGAGAAGGAGGCACAUACACUUGUCGACCAUGCGGUUUUGAAUCCCAUGACCUAAACCUCUUUCUGGACCAUGUUUAUAACGUCCAUGCUGACUUCCGGGCUGAGCCCAGCUUCUACUGUUUGGACUGUGGAGUCUCAGCGGCAAAGUUCGAGGGACUGGCCCUGCAUAACGCCCAUGCCCACCCCAGUACAGUCAACACCACGCUGCAGGUGAAGAAAAGAGACCGGCGGAUAACUGUGGAGCAGAGUCUGGUGGUGAACGAGGGAUCCAAAGAGUCUGAGAUCUCCAUCACCAAGACGCCUAUCAUGAAGAUGUUAAAGGGCAAGUCUGAGCCCAAGAGGAUCGUGGUGUCUCACGGCGUGGAUGAGUUAGAUACUAUCAACAGUAAGGAAGCAGAGAAGAUUGAGCUGCCAGCAGUAACACACGUCCCCACCAUAGUUCACAAUGGAGCCGCAACCAAGCCUGCUCUUCCAACAGCCUUGCAGGUUGUGAAUGGCUCCGGAACUCUGCCUGUGCUCAAGACCGCCAUCACCCAGGUGGUGUCAGUGGUGCAGAACCGGACUCUUCAUCAGCAGUCAGCCACUAUGACGGCCUCUUCAUCCGCCUCGUCCUCCUCUUCCUCAUCCACUACAAGCUCUAGGAACCUGCCCAAGGUGAUGAUUCCCCUGAGCAGCAUCCCCACUUAUGAUGCCGCCAUGGACAACAGCAGUUUCUUAAAGACGUCCUUCAGUAAAUUCCCGUACCCAACCAAAGCUGAGCUCUGCUACCUGACCGUGGUCACCAAGUAUCCCGAGGAGCAGAUCAAGAUCUGGUUCACCGCACAGCGACUGAAGCAGGGAAUCAGCUGGUCACCCGAGGAAAUCGAGGACGCCCGCCGGAAGAUGUUCAACACUAUUAUCCAGACGGCUCCUCCCGUCCCUCAACAGCCACAGCCACGCCAAACCCACCACGGCCCUGCUCAGCAUACCAUCACUGUCCUGCCGGCUUCAUUGGGCCACAACAGCAUUCCCCACAUCCUGCAGGGCAGCCUGGUUGGUCAGGGUGGCGUGAUCGUCACACAGCCUUUGGUCGCCAAUGGCCUCCAAGUCAGCAGUGCCCCCGUGGCCCUGGCAGUCACCCCCAAGCCUCAAAUGGCUGCCAAGCCGUUGAUGCAAGCCAGGCCCACAGCUGCACUGGUUGCAGACAAGGGGGUCAGCAUGGUGGUGGGCACCGUUGAAAGCAGCAGCAGUGGCGGCAGCAGUGUCAUCAUCAGUACUAAUAGCAGUAUUAGCAGCAACAGCAGCAGCAGCAGUAGUAAUAGUAGUAGUAAUAGUAUUAGUACUACGAGCAGCAGUACAACCAGCAGCAGCAUGACUACCCCCAGUGGAAGCAGCAGCAGCAGCACCAGCAGCUCAACAACAAGCACUAGCAGUAGCACCAGCAGCACUACCUGCAGCACCAGCAUCACCCCCAGCAGCACUAUAAGUCACACCAGUGUUAUUAACGUUAGCAGUGGCAGCAGCAGCAAUAGCAACCAUGGCAACAAAGGUGGUGAAGCCAACAGCAGCAGCAGCAGCAGUAACGGCACCACCAGCACUGGUAACGGCGGCGGCGAUGCUAACAAAGGCUCCACCGAUGACGUCGUUGGCGUCAGCGGCGACGAGAAAACGGCGGACGCGUUGCCGCCCGUCCUCAACAUGACCCACAGCUCACGUACGCUCCCCAGUAGCUUUCUGGACCCCAGCUUCUACAAGAACAAGAAGUCGCAGGAGCAGCUGAGCGCCCUGAAGCAGAGCUUCGUUCGCUGCCAGUUCCCCAAUCAAGAGGAGGUGGAGCGGCUCACCAAAAUCACAGGCCUAACGGUGCGGGAGGUACGCAAGUGGUUCAGUGACCGGCGCUACCAUUAUCGCAACUUGAAGGGCGCACGCUCCAGCACAGGAGGCCUCUUCAGCGGGAAUUCCCUCCUCGACUUUGCCGACAGUCCCGCCUCUGCAGAAAUCUCCAAAUCCAGCCAGUCCUCACAGAGCACAGUGCAGCAGCAUCACCACCAGACAUCUCCACCCGCUCCAUCUCGCCGAGUCUCUCGGCAGCAGACGCCAGAUUUCACUGCCAUCCGUUACAAGGAACGGGACCCUCAACAGAUACGGGCCCUCGAGGCCAGCUUCUUGCAGAACCCCACGCCCCCUGUUGAGGAAGUCGACAGGCUGCGUGCCGAGACCAAGAUGACCCGGCGUGAGAUCGACGGCUGGUUCUCUGAGCGUCGGAAGAAGGCAGCAGCUGAGAAGAAAAAGGAAGAGUUUGAGAAGGCAGAGAAAGAGGAAGAAGAUGAUAAUCUCAUGGAAGAGGACACUAUAGUAAAAGAUGGCAAAGAUGGGCCUUCACAGGGAACAUCAACACAGCAGCAAAACAAGGAGGACAAGCAGAAGGAAGACACUCCUGGGUCUGAACCCAAAGUGAACCCCAUCAAGAUAAAUCUGAAAAUGCUCAAGGUUACUGAAUCCAACGGCAAACCUGAAGCUGAGGCCAGCCCACCCACACAGGCUGAAAGUCCAAAAGUGCCGCAUCUAUCUCCGUCUACCCGUGGUAAAAAAACCCCGGACCAGCUGCAUUUGCUGAAACAAGUGUUUGCCCGAACCCAGUGGCCCAGCAGCCCUCAAUAUGAGGAGCUGAUCGCCAGGACGGGGCUGCCAAGGCCAGAGGUGGUGCGCUGGUUCGGGGAUAGCCGGUACGUGUACAAGAAUGGACAGCUCAAGUGGCUUGAAAGCUACCAGCAAAUGGCUGAAGAGGAGGACUACAAGAGGGGCGAUACUGAGGUGCUGAAGGAGCACCUGAAUACCCACGGAAAGUUGGAGGAGGAGCACGUCAAGGGGCUGGUAGAAGCCAGUCGGCUUGAUGAAGACCUUGUCCGCCGGUGGUUUGCCACGCGCUCCGGCUUGCUCCCAGAUGACAAGGCAGAAGAGAUGACUGACGUGGAACAGGCGACUGAGCAGAACCAGGAACCACACGGCGAGGGCGUGACGAGUCCACAGAUCACAGAAGCCCAGUCUACGAGUACCAAGGAAGCUGUGCCCUGUAAUGGAGACUUACCAUGAAGUGUCUGUGUGCUCCAGGAACAGACUGACAGAGACGGACUGCGGCCGGUGAAGAAGAGAAUUCCUGGGGUUUACAGAUGGCCAUUAAAAAUUUUUUAUUUUUUUUUCCAUUUUGGGAGUGUUGUUGGCGAGAGCCUUUGUGACUGUGGUAGGAUUGCUGGGAGGCCAGUCUCCCGCACAGACAUCCCCUUUCUCAAAAAGCACACAGAUAGGCCACUGGCUUGGCCUCAGCUGGGAAGGGUAUGGGGGUUGGGGUCCCUCAAGGGUGCUUGGGGGGGAGAGAUGGAGGGGUUAGGACUUCAGCCGACAAAUGGAGGAAAGGUGCUAAGACGAGUAGAUAGACCAGGUCAGUCCCAGCUCGAGGAUCAAACUGGACCGUGGAUCAAGAGACUUUUUCCGGAAGACUGUAGGGUACAGUAGGAACUGGAGCCGGCGUCGUCAAGUAACUUGGUGUCUAGAAGCAGCUUAUUGCAUUUCGUACAUUUUAGCAGUCCGUAAUUUAGCACAACAGUUUUCCAUUAUCCUGGAUUUUUCAGAAUCUCUUCAGUAUGACGACUGUGUAAGAUGUCAGUUUUACUGGAUUUCAAGCGUACCUAGGCCUAUUGUAUCAUUUUUACAGAUUUAUUUCCAGAAUAAACAGUAUAACUACUGA